CUUACGCCACCCAUCCCUCCCUCUCCGGUUCUGAGACUCCGGCCUAAGGUUUCCGAAGGAUUCGGAUCAGUCAAGCUUCCCUGGGAGUUUUAGCACCAGAAACCGCCGCCAAUCCUCCUCCGCCAGGCGCGGACGGGUUGCCAGCCCGGUUUCCAAGGAUCACAUGAGCUGCUCUUGUCUUCCUAAUUGGUUCCUUCGUGGGCCGACGCCUCCGGCGGAUCGCAGCCUCGUCGCCGCUGAGGACGGACGGCCGCCGUGUAAAGCGGGGUCGACGCGCAAUGGCCGAUACCUCCGGGAGUCGGCCGCGCAUUCUCUGCCUCUUUGACGUGGAUGGGACUCUCACCCCGCCUCGGCAGAAAAUUGAGCCUGAAAUAGCAGAAUUUCUUCAAGAGCUGGGUAAAAGAGUGAUGAUUGGGGUGGUUGGAGGUUCAGACUACUCCAAAAUAGCAGAACAGCUUGGAGAAGGGGAUGAAGUCAUAAACAAGUUUGAUUACGUCUUUGCAGAAAAUGGCACUGUGCAAUACAAGAAUGGGCAACUAGUCUCAAAGCAGGCUAUCCAGAACCAUCUUGGGGAGGAACUUUUGCAAGAGCUGAUCAACUUCUGCCUUAAUUACAUGGCACUUCUAAAGUUGCCCAAGAAGCGGGGAACAUUCAUAGAAUUUCGCAAUGGAAUGUUGAACAUCUCUCCUAUUGGUCGAAGCUGCAGUUUGGAAGAACGAAUAGAAUUUUCUGAACUGGACAAGAAAGAAAAGAUACGAGAGAAGUUUGUAGCAGCUCUGCAGAGGGAGUUUGCGGGCAGAGGACUGCGAUUUUCCCGAGGUGGUAUGAUUAGUUUUGAUGUUUUUCCGGAGGGCUGGGACAAACGCUAUUGCCUCAACAUCCUUGAGGAUGAGAAAUUCGAUGUCAUACAUUUCUUUGGAAAUGAGACAACCCCUGGUGGGAAUGAUUAUGAAAUCUAUGAUGAUCCUCGGACAGUAGGACAUAGUAUCCAUUCUCCCCAGGAGACAGUUCGGCGAUGUCGAGAAAUAUUCUUUCCAGAGACAGUGAACAAAUCUUGACUCACGGAUCUUCUGCUGCUAUUCUUGUUCACUUCAUAAAAGCACCUUUUGAAUUAUAAUCAAGGCUUGCCAAAGCCCAAGGUUGAAAUGCACUUUGGAAAUGGAGGUGAAGUGCGAAAAGGGAAAGAGAGUUAAAGUGCCAUUACCAGUUUGUAGUAAUAAGAAUCUACAGAACGCUGACUGCCAUAUUUCAUCCUCCCAGCCCCUAAAACAAAAAGUUUCGUUUUAAAGGGAGCUGGGUCCUUUUUCUAAAACUGUGAGAGAGAAGGAGAGAAAUAGAAAGGUGGUAAUCUCUUCAUGUAUUCACCCAAAUCAAUUUCUGAGAUUAAAAUAAUUGUAUUAAUAGGUUAAAGGGAAAACAAUCUGAUCUUUCAAAGUAUUUUCAUAUUCUUGAACCCUUAAGAUGGCCUGCCAUUUUUUUAAAAAGUGGAAUCAGUUUUCUUUUUCAAGCUAAUAAUGAAUAAGGAAAACACCCCUAAUCUAUUACUAGCCAUGCAGAAUGCAGAGGGAGAUAGAAAGUAAACUUUGAAACAUAGAUCCUGUUGAAAAUGAUUCGUCAUAAACAUCACCAUUCUACUCAGCUUUCAGUAUCCAUUAGAAUAUUCUUCUGUGGCUUCUGAUCUAAUAUGUGAAACCAUCUGUUUUAAAUAUGACUGGUGCUCAGGUUUAUUUUAUCAUAGAUAAUAUAUAUUUUUGGUCCAAUAAAAGUAGAGUUUGUGUGUUGAGGUCAACACGUCUCAGUAGCCUUGCAUAUUGCAACUGCUCCUUCCCACAAGUAGGUCUGGGGAGCAGCCCUGGCUUUAGCUUCAGUUGUUGGAAUAUUGUUUACUUGCACUUUGUUCCCAUUGCACAAACUCUUCAAGCAGGAUUGUACUAUCACCUUAAUUAUCCAACCUGACUAUAGAAGUGCUGGCAAUAGCAUUUAGAUCUAAUGAUCAGAUUAAUGGAAUAAAAAUGGGAGGUAAAUGUAUCUUUUAAAUCUGUUUGCAGAUUAUUUUGAUUCCAUAUAUAUAUAAUGUGUUUCUCCAAAAAGAAGGCCGGGUCUUAUUUUUUUUUGACCCCUGGAAAAAUGGGGCUAGGAGGGUUCUAAUUAUUGACUCACCUCACGACAGUGGCAUUGACAGCUCCGCCCAGCAGGAGCCCACUGUUGGCCCACUUCUUCUGCGGCUGCUUGCUGCUAAUCUCACACAUCGCCCCGGCCUCCAUUUCAGCUUCAAAUGCCUGCCGGAACGUAUCUAUAGCCGAUAAUAGAGCUCCGGAUCCGGAGCUCUGUUAUUGGCUGCAGAUGCCGGCAGACAUCUGAAAGCAAACGGGGGCCAGGGCGAUACGUGCGAGUGGCAGCAAGCGGCCGCAGAAGAAGGUGAGGCAUGUGUCAGGGUGUGUGAGGCCUGGUAAGUAGGACAGCUCCACUACCACCCAUCCCCACACUAGCUUAUUUUUUUACCUGUGUGCCUCAGCCCAUCUCCUGCACCCUGGGGUGGGCGGGGUCUUAAGGUAAAGGUUCCGCUUGCAUGCAUACACACAUACACUUUACAAAUAAUUAUGUGCCAACUUGAAAUAAAUUAAUUAAAGAAAUAAAAAACUGGGCUUCAAAACAUUUCAAUAUUUUGGGAUGAAUUACAGUGGUUAAAAUGAGAAUUCUUGCACAGUUGAACUUUUUAUUUCAGUGCCAUAGUGAUAACUCUUAAAUAGGCUUUAAGACAUUGGCAAAAAACUAAGAGUAAAAUAAUUAUUUAUACAGAUCUCAAAAACAGGGAGUUUGGUCAUGCCCAAUUUGUUAAUACAUUAUUGAGCAUUGCAGCUAUGGCAUAUUAUUCCAUGUAUUCUGGGAGACUCAUCUAAACAAUGAAUUCAUUUUGAAGCUAUGUAAGAACCAGAUAAGUUUACAAAUAAAUGGCUUUUUAUCCAAAAUGUUUUUCUAGAAUAAAAGAGAUGGAAAAUGUUUUUACUAAAACAAUGCUUCAAAUUUGAAAGAGUAGAUAUGCAGUUUUGAUCAAGCUUAUUCCUCCUUUAAAUACUUCUAUCAACAUAAAUUGAUCAGGAUUAUAGUCUGGCUAAAAUGAAAUCUUUGAAAAAGAUACUUAUAGAUUUUUUAUAGUAAUAGGGAACCUUUCAAUAAAGAUCAGAUUGAGCAAUGAAUAGGUGACAAAUUACCAAACUUUUCUGAUAUCAAUUUAAAUUUCUUUUGGGUAGUAGAGAUUCAGCAACAUGACCCGAUAUCCAUUUUGAAAAUUUAAUACUUUAUCAUUUAAAAGAACAAAAAACAAUUUCAAAAAUUUAUUGGUUGUGAUUGUAAUCAGAAAUAGAAGAUUUAUUAUAUAUUUUAAAGGAAGCUUGGGAUACGGAUCUUAGUAAUCCUGUACAGGAGACAAAUUGGCAGAAGUUCUGAAAAGAGCUUUGGCUUCAAUGCAAAAAAUGCAAUGGAAGAUAAUUGGAUUGUUGUACAAUGCCCAGAGUCAUUUUCCAUGAGAUAGGUGAUAUGUGAAUUUGAUUGAUUGGCUGAUAAAUAAAAUGAAAUGAAACAUCAUUGUUGGUACUUUACUCCUGGUUAGGAUAGCUCAUGCUGGAUAUAUCGAAAUUAUUCCUCCAAAUUUUGGAGAAGAUGUUAAGUCAUUUUUUUUUCAUUUGUUGUGAUCAUGCAAUAAAGAUAUAAAAUGGAUGCUAUAUAGUAGCUAUAGUACUUUUAUAUAACCAUGGCACUAAUUUAGAGACUUGAACAGGCAUUUCAUCACUUGCUUCCUUCUUCAUAAAUAGUGCUAUGAUGCAAUUAGAGGCAUCUAAAGAAAUAAAAAAAUGAUGAGAAGCUGGUAUUAUUGAUGAAAUGAAAUUAACCCAUUCUUUUCUGAGAUACUGAGGGUUUUGAUUUAAAAUAAAUAUUGCCAGCUCUUCUUAGGUUAGUUUCCAUUCCUUCUCCGGGACGGUUAUGAAGUAUUUAAUAUAGGGACAUACUUAUUACUGUGAAAGCCACAAAGUGGUCUAUUUCUCAGAUGGAUCAAAACACACACACACACACCUUUAUUAAGCAGGAAUGUUUAUUUUGAUGCCAUGUAUGUUAAAGACACCCAACUAUUUUGCUGUAGCUACAAAUUUGUGGGGCUUUAUUGACAGGCAGCUUUUAUAUCAUUAUAAAAGUAUGAAAAUAAUAAAAUUGAAUUAAAAAUGAGAACGUAUUAUAGUCAAGUGUCUUUUUUAGUUCAUAUUUGUAACUUGAUAUAAAAUUAAAAGUAAAAAUAUAGUAGGAAGUCAAUAAGCAAUGCCUUCACACUGGUUCAUUAAAGUUUAAGCUAAAAAUUCUGUCUUUGGAACUGAAUGGUUUGCAAUAUGUUAAAGCAUAUAUGAUUUACUACCCUCAGCUUAGAAAUUAUACUUCCAGAUAAAAAUCAUAACAUUCAUAAAAGUCAUUGAUAAAAACCAUUAACAGGAAGCUUACAAACUUAGUAGUAGUAUGGAGCAAUAUAAAAUACCUCAUUUAAACUUAGGAAAGCUAUUACUAAUACUGCGCUAGAUGGUUCAGUGAUCUGACUUCACUGCAAAGUAAUCUGAAUUCAUUGCUAAGUAAAACUACAACAUUCCAGAAGUUGUUCAGUGCCAACUCAUUACUUUUAAACAGCACAACCAAAAGCAUAGUGAUAGGAGCUGCAGUCUACCAAUGACUAGCAUGCAAAUACUGUUCACCCUAUAUGGCUGCUAAUCAAAUAACAAUUUCCUGCAGACUUCAUUUCUGCAUCACUAAUUCUAGGAACAGCUACCCC